AUGGGCCAAAAGGACAUCUUAGAGAUAGAAUUUUCUAAAGCACCUCAGUUGACACCACUCGAAUCAGAAAUUUUGACUCAGUAUCAAAGAUUAGCGAUUCAACUAAACACGCUUUCGAGGGAGAUUCGACACUUGAGCACUACAAAUAAUGAAUUAAUAGCAGAACAAGGUUCUGAUGAUAAAGACACAGGAGGAGAAGCUGGUGAGCUUCUUGAUAACUUAAGGAAUUUGGAGAUGAAAAUAGGAUUGGUGUACACUCUUUUCAAAGGAGCAGUUUACUCGUUAUUUCUCGACAAUGAGCAAGACAAUGCAAAGGAGGCGGAGGAAUUUCAAAAUCAUGAAGGGUACGAGGAUGAAGAGGAACAGGAAAGAGAUUCUGAAUCUGUUACAUAA